AUGGGCGACGUACUCGCGCCGCUUCCGGUGGUCGCGACUUCGAGCGACGAAAUGGCGCUCAAUCAUUCAAACCGGUCAGCGGUAUCAUCUGCAGGUUCAGACAAGACCAUUACUUCACCACCAGCACCAAACUCCACCGCAGUUGUGGAGCCGCAGCUGGGCCCUGGAAGCGCGAUGUUCAGUACAGAUCUCGGCAGGCGAGCGCCGCGCAAGCUUCAGGGCCCGCCGUAUGCACCGGUCAUUGCGCGCAGCGAUAUGGUCCAGGGCGUUCUCAUUGCUGCAGGUAUGUGGCGCCACAAAUACCCUCAGCAGUAUCUGUGCAUUUUCCCACAAGCCGGAUGGCAGAUCGGUGACCUUUGGGACGAGGAAGACAUCCAUCUCGAGACAGAAUCGUUCUGCAAAGAACUGCUGCGGUUCAUCGAGUACGAUGUCUACGUUCGAGCGAAGAAGUACGCGCAAGACUGGUCGAGAGUGCAUCCUGAGCGUCUUUGCAUUGUCGGUGGUGACAUGACUGAUCUCUACGAUACGAACAAUCAUCUCUCGGUUGUGGAUAACAUCUUCGUCAACGGCGAGCAGCAAGAGUACCCCCCCAUCUUUCUUUGGCAUGUUGCGCACACUAUGCGUGCCGCUAUGCUUGAGAUCAAGGGCGUAAGGCUACAGGUCAAGGCUGCAGUCGGUGUUCCUAAGCAUCUGGAUAUGGAACAUGAGGAACCUGUUGUGGACGGCACUGCACAAGUUCCAGCAACGGCCAAAGGCACGACGAAAUUGCCUACUGCCCCGAGCACAAGAAUAAAUUCCUCAACCCACAUUGUCGUUCCAUCACCUUCAAUGCCUAUUCCUCAGCCUGUCCCUUCGUAUCAUGGUCGUCGGUCCUCACCGCACGUUCCAUUUUACGGUACGACAAAUCAAGGCGGUCGCUACACUGAGCCUGUGGGCCACAUGGUUGCAGGCGUUCCUGGACACCAGAUGGGUGGUCUGAACUUGGUUCACCCUGGCUUGCGCAUUCCCAAAACCAGAUCGGGGCGCUCCGCGUCUAGCUUGCAUGAACAGAGCAUACCAUCAGGUCCGUACAUCGAGAACAUGCCUUAUGGCCCCUCUGGGUCCUAUUCUCGCCAACCCACAGGCUCUCUGUCGAUGGUUCAGUCACCACGUUUCAAUCCAGCGCAUAUGACAAUCCACUACCCAAUGGUCAACAUGUCUCAUAGCACAGCACCAUUUGCUUACGAGCAAAAUCUGGUGGCACCCGGGAUGAUCGCAGGUCAGCCACUUCAUCCUGGAAUUGUACAUCCCAGCAUGAUGCCUCUCCACUCGACGCAGAGCACAUCGAUGAUGCAUGGCUACAUUCGGCAGACUUCAGGCUCCUACGGUCCAUCACACGCCACACCCAUGGGAGACAUGACAAACAUGCAUUUCUCCUCUGGCAUGGUGCCGUACGACACCGGUCAUCGGCACCCUGGUGGUCGUCAUUACAGCCAAACGCAUGGGAAUGGUAGUGCGUUGUACGACCCCUACGAAGGUAACAAUCCGGCUUUCAAAACUGGCAAGAAAUCAUAUCAAGGCGGCUUUCAGCACGGCUUUCAGAAUUCAAAUGGUCGCCCACGUAAAGCUUCCAUCCCGGGCAGCCGACCCUAUCACACUCAGUACACUAACGAUAGGUCGAGCAACGCUCAACCGAGCGGCCACCGUUUUCCUGGACCAAAGGGUCUUGGUGAGGACGAUCCAGCAAUUACACAAGAUCAUGAGCACGGUUGCCAUAUUGAUUGGAUUGGCCCUCAGAAUACUACUGUAACUGAUGUUUUCAUCAAAAAUCUGCCAGGAGAUGUUCAGGAUGCUGAACUGGAGGAACUAUUUCAGAACAGGAUUGGUUCUAAGCCUAAGUCAAUCAAUACCAGAAACGCUUUCCAAGCACAGCACAUCUACCCUAAUCGGAAGCAUGCAUUCGUUGGAUUCUCCACCACCGCAAUCGCCAGACAGGCACUCGGAAUCCUCAAUCCUGCCAUCCGUGGACUGCCAGUCUCGAUCACAGUUCCUAAGCGGUUCUUUCAGAAUAUAGUCGAAGUCCCGAUGCGAGAUGCAGUCGAGGCAGGACCACCUUCUAAUUCCCGUUAUUUCAGCCAUGCGAAAAAUUACGAAGCACGUAACCGUGGACCUUCAACUAACGAAGGCAGCGAUACUACAGCAACGAACGCAGUAACUAAAGACAAUCUGUCGUACUCUCCACAAGACGCUAGAAGCGACUUGCACAAAAAGAAGAAAAAGGGCAAGCCGCCACAACAAGGGUCAGCGGUCGCUGGAAGUCCCGAGGCACAAAAGACGAAGCCGAAAAAGCGUCAAGAGUCGCCCAACAAGAAGAAGCCUGUCGAGCCUACACCAGCGGCCCAAAACAAUACCACGAACGAAACUACUGAGAUGGGCGACGAGGCACCCGCCCACGACACAGCCAAAGAAACGUCUCCCGCUGUUGGAACACAGAUCGAACAAUCUCAAACCGACAGGGAUCCUUCCUCCAAACCUGGGGAAGAGAUAUCGCCUACGGCUGCUGCCGACGCUUACACUCUUUUCGGUGAUUACACGCUGGGUGUAUCUAACAGCAGUUGCACUUUUUCAAAGACCCAGCAACAACAAGUGGCUCCGCAGAAAACGGACCCAAAUCCCCAACAAGAGACCCCAAAGGUCAAUGCCCAUAGCGACAACACAAAACAGGGUACUGCCAAAGCGCCGAACAAAGCCAAGAGAACUCCUGUAACUACGGACCCUCUUGGAGUAGGAGGAUUGAUCUCCGACAAUGAGCUCAAGAACGAUGCUAAUUUUCGCUCCGCUGCAGAGUCACAGGCUGACCUGGAACAAAAGGUGGAGCCCGGUGCCGAUUUUCAUGUUACGAACCAAGGUACAACUGCCCCCUCGCCUAAGAUCACCAAAUAUUCAAUCUCAGGCAAUAUUUCGCCUACACCUCACACCACCUCAGAAAGACGAACUGCCAAUCCUGCAACUGAAAAGGAUACCAUGGCUGCAGUAACAGGAAACAAUCCACUUGGCUCAGAAGUGACAGAAUCUGCCAUGUCGACUGCGGACCCGGAAGCUGUCGAUACCUCGGUAGCUGUUCAACCAGAGGCAGCAUCAUAUUCAGCAAGCCCUGAUGUUGCUGGAUUAGCGAAGAGAACCGGAGCUCAACAUACCGAGUCGCUUCAUCCCUUCUCCAAGGCCAGCAAGGCUCAAGCUAAAAAGGAGAGGGAACAGAAGCGAAAAGCCCUGAGGAAAAAGAAGGAGCAAGCCGAGAAGGCCAGAGCCGCAAAAGCUUCGGCGACCAAGCUUAUCGCAAAGAGCGCAUCCACCGAAAAGGGAGAAUCUAGCAAAGAGAAAGGCAUUGCUCCAGUGAGCGGAACCACGGACAAGAUCGACAUCACCGCCGAGAAUGAGUCUGCUCAGAAAAGCACGACUUCUUCCGUUGUCGAAGAUCCUUCUGCACCUACACAGGACGUCUCUGAAUCAGGCUCACCAGCCAAGAAGCCAGUAUCUGCCGUGAAGAUAGCCAAGAGAAUAGUCGACAGCUGCGACCAGCCAGAAAAGCUCAAAGAAAAGAAAAUGGACACUACUGCCACAAGCGCUGCAGCUGUAGCGAGAAGCAAAAACGAUGACCAUGGUAAGCAGCCCGGCAGCACAGUCAGCAUCCCACUUGAAGCCGGUUCAGUGACCAAGAAGGAAGUGAAGUUCGACCUACCAGGGGACGAUCUGGCCUUGGGUGCACCGUCUCCUGACCUGGAGGGGACCAAGACAGCAUUCAACGUCGCAAAGGAAUCCAUCUCUACUGCGACCACAGGGGUAGGCCUUUCUAAGUCUGCGAAAAGAAGAAAGAAGAAGAAGCUUCGUAGGGUCUGGCCAUCUUUGGAAUUUCGUCCCAGGUCCCCUAACCCGGAAUGGAUGGGCCCAAUCGAUAUGGAGAAUGACACUCACGACUACGACUCGAUCAUGAAUGAAGCCUGCGGUGGGGAGGACGACUCUGACUUCUCUUGGGACGACUUACCAAGGGUCUCAUCCGAAGACGACCAGUCUAGCUCGGUCACAGAUGAGGAUGGAGACGAUGCCGAUGACGGAGACGACGCCAAGAAUGAGAUCCUCAAGCGUAUUGCAGACCUCGAAGCUCAGAAAGCAGCGGUAUUAGUGUCUAUGAGAGGCAUCAUCAACACAGGCCAACAGAAGCAAACGCUCGGUGAGGCACUCUACCCCAAGGUCCAGGAGCUGCAGCCUGAGCUUGCUGGCAAAAUCACCCAUAUGCUCCUCGACUUGGAUAACAGCGAGCUUCUCAACCUCAUCUCUGACGGAGCCGCUCUACGCGCCAAGGUGGACGAGGCCAUGAGCAUCCACGACGAACACAUCAAGAAGAACGGGGAGGGCAAGGAAGAGGCUCUCAUAGAAACCGAGACCCUAGAACCUAACGCUGAUGUCGAGGAGGAAGACAUUCAGCAAGGGCUGGCGGCCUCUAAGGCUCGCAUAGGCAAGUCUCCAUUGGCACACGCCCAAUGGCAUCGACUAACGUCCUUAGCUAUGAUCAAUGAGGAAACUGCACAGCGAACAGACACGCAAGAACCAUCUGUUGGUGUUGUCGCAGGAUCUCAACCAACAAAGAAGAAGAAGAACAAGCACAAGAAAAGAAAGAAGCAGCAGCAACCUGAUGCAGCAGUCGAGGCCGCUAUCGACACCGUCAACGCUGCUGGAUCCACAGAGACUGAGAAGUCAACCUCAAAAAAACCUACCAACGAUCCAAUUGACACUGAUGACCCGUUCUACGAUCAGCUAAAAGACAUUGACGCAAUCAAACGUGGCGAAACUGGAGCAGCAAGCACACAGGACACUCGCUCGCAGCACCACGCUGAGAUUGCCAAGUCAUUGAAAGAUCCUCAAUUCAUGCGAACAAUGGAGGGCUACCUCAAGGAGACUCAAGGAACGAGCCAGUCCAAGGGAAGAAAGGUCUCGAAGGACGACCUUUUCUAG